UGCACGGUGGCUCCUGGACCUGAGUCCUCCUAGCUCUUGCCCGUAGGUACACGUACCGUAGCUGCCAGCCCAGUCUGUGAGCUUGGCAAUUGGGCGAUGGUCGCAGGCGCGCCAGACAGAUCCCCGGACUGUCCGCACUGUAGACAGUGGGAGUGGGGUCUUGCCAGAUUCACCUGCAGGCCAGAGCACCCUAUGUCACAUCCCUCCCUCCCAGGCAAGUCCGGGUGCUCCGACGUCCCUACUCCAUUGUCAUCAAGCGGUCAAAAAUGGCAGGUUGCUGGACAACUGCUGAGAGGAAAGGCCUGAAAACGUGCAGCAGACGAACGACGAGUUCUCGUCAACAACAUUUUGUCGCAGCAGUUGCUGCUGUCAGUUUGAGCGAUCACUCCACGUAGCUCUUGCUCUGUGCAAAGUCACCAUCGCAGUCUGUCCCAACAGCCUGAAUUGGUCAACACAGAUCUACAGCCAUCGGGUGUAGGUUCGCUCGAAGCUGAAGGUUGGAACCACCACAACGCCGACUGUCUAACCACCGCACGUGCCAGCAGUCGACACGAACAGGUCCGUAUAUCGCCCGGCUGGCUUAUGCUCUAGUAUAUUUAUUCUGGCUUGGACGAGACCGCUUCUGUUGAAGGCCAUACCCAUAGCAUAGACCUACCCUAUUACUAGUAUUACUAUUAGCGGUGCGGUACCCAACCACCGACGGUCAGUAAACCCUUGGCCUGACUACUACUGUUGUCUGUACCAGUGCCAGCGGAGUGUGGCAGAGAUCUUGUGUAUUCUGGAUUCACACGUCUGUGCUUGCAGUGAAUCGUUGACACAAUCAUGACGGGACUUUGAAAAUGAGCAGAGCUAAUGUAGAUCUACUAAUGAAUAGCACAACGAUCACCAUCAUCACUUGACGGUGACAGCAGGACAGGACUGGCAAAGUAGGCUCGGUGGGGAAGGCCGGUAAACCUGUGCUGGCCUCUUUUUUCUGGGAGUCCUGUUGUAUUGUACUGUGCGAGACUCUCUGAGAGCCAUGGUCGCUUAGUGGCGGGCUUCUCUCUUGAUGAUCGACGACUUGGCCGCCGGAGUCUGUCCGUCAGUAACCGUGCCGGUAUCGCAUCGGAGUGGAGCAGACGAGAUCCAAGCUUGCCAGCUUGGAUUAAUCAACUCGUGACAGUGGCUGCAUGGUGUAUGUCAGCAGCACAAAGCAGAGCGGCACCGGGACGACGGACACCGACGGUGAGCACAUGGUUGCGCCGUGCCCAGCCUGGCAGUCCCUUCGGGGAACCAGCCGAUGGAAGCGGAGCACUUCUGUUCCGGCCGAUUGGAGUAGAAUUAUUUUGCGGCUUGCAUUUCUGCUGGUUGCUUGGUGGUCACCCAGUGCGAAUGGACAACAGUACUGCACGCGAACAGCAGAAUCGGCGUGUGCGCUGGUCUGUACGUUUGCGGAGAACAACGCCGCCAACUUGGUGCUGUCGAACGAUGUUGGAUCGCUCAUGGAUGUAAACAGGACGGGAAGAGUGACUCAAUUCAGCGUUCAGUUGCAGACCGCGAGUGCACGUGGAGUGGGUGUUCUUGUUGACAGUAGCACAGGACGAUUACUGGUGAAUACAUCUGUGGAUUACGAGGGCUUGGCCUCUACCUCUGGACUCAUCAGUGCUGUAAUCUUGGCCAAUCAAACCAUGGGUAACGGUGGAACUGGAACAUCGACUCGAAAACUCCUCAGCUGCCACUUGACUAUCAAUGUGACGAAUGUAAAUGAACGGCCAUCCUUUCCUCACCCAUACUCCAUGAGCAUCCCAGAGAACAGCCCUGCAGGCACAUCCGUUGUUCAAGUGAUGGCCAGUGAUCCGGACCAUGAUACGCUGGUGUACUCGAUUGCAUCGCACACUUCACACCCCAACCUCGUACCGCAGCGGUACAGCGAUGCACAGCUCGGUGUGUUCACGUUUGCUAUUGACACUUACAAUGGGUCGAUCAGUGUGAGCAAUGCCAGCAGUUUGGACUACGAAGUCCUGAGUCAGUACACGCUGUAUGUCGUUGCCACUGAUGGUAGCCCAUUCCUCGCUGUAGCCAUCGUCACAGUCAACGUUAUUGACAGAAAUGAAAUUCCGCCGAGCGUAACGCUAUUGGAUCCCUAUCUGAACGUGAUUGCGGCAGUGCAUUCGUUAGCCGAGGGUCAGUACUUGCAGUCUGAGCGGCUAGGGUACUUUGAGGUUCACGAUGCCGAAUCGAAUCCUGUCUUCAAUGCCAGUGUUGUUGGUGCAGACGGUCUAGUCCAGCUGCACGCACUGUUCCCGGCGACGCGGCCAGUCGGCAAAGCACACAUCUACCUGCUUAGCACAGUGCCGGGAGCUGUGUUCGAUCGGGAACUGCAAAGCGUCUUCAGCUUGAGGAUCAUAGCAAGCGACAAGCAGCUUCCAGUGACCCUUACGGGUGAGACCAACUUCACGCUAACCAUCACAGAUAUUGACGAUGCUUCACCACUGUUCUCGCCUCAGAUAUACACGGCCAGCGUACAGGAAAACCUGACUGACUUCCAAGGCCAUCCUGUUGUGCAGGUUCAUGCUACGGACCCUGAUGAAAACGAUACAAUCAUCUACUCGAUACAAUCAGUUACCAGCAUCCAGAGCGAUGAAACCAGGACCACCGUGACAGUUCCAUCUUUCUACAUCGGCAGCACAGAUGGUCAGGUAUACACAUCCAAGAAGCUGGAUUAUGAGACUCUCAACAUGUUUGAAUUGGUGAUCCGAGCUACAUCCAGUAGAAAUUCCUCCCGCUAUCACAACGCCCUGGUGACAGUUUCCGUUCUCGACACAAACGACAACCUGCCCGUUUUCUCCCAGUCCGAGUACGUGUUUCGCAUCCGGGAGGUCAACGAGGGCUCGCAGUUCAUCGGAAUGGUUAUGGCUAGCGACAGAGAUAGUGGGCGGAAUGGCUUGGUGCGGUAUUCCCUGUCGAACACGAGCACGUUCAGUGUGCAGCAGACCAGCGGAGAGAUUUACACGUUGCCUCACCUGUCGCUGGACCGCGAGGACAAGAGCCAGUACAGUUUCGCUGUGUUUGCUCUGGACAGUGGCAAUCCUGUGCAAACAUCCACGGCGCGGGUGCAGGUAAUUGUCAGCGACCUCAACGAUAACGGGCCGGAGUUUGUGUCAGUGCCCAGCAAGCCAAUACCUGUGUUCACCAAUGUGCAGGUUGGUACCACAAUCCUAAGACUGUAUGUGCAGGACCCUGACACGCCGGAGAAUUCACACGCAGACUUUGAGCUCUUACAGGGCAAUGCUGCACAAACCGAGCCGUCAGCGCAAACAUAUUUCACCCUGCGUCAUGGAACCAACUCCUCCGUAUGCAUCACGGUGCUAAGCUCGCUUAGAGAUCUUGGAAACGAAACAUUCUCGUUCUUCGUAAAAGCCGUUGAUCCCGGAGCCAUAAAUGGGCAGGAAGGAGCUGCGCAGGUGCCUAUCACAGUGCAGACAGUCGCCCUAAAUGAUCCCAGCGCCUCUUCAAGCAGCUCGCUAUCCACAGCUAUUCUGAUCGUCAUCAUAUUGCUUGCUGUGGGUCUUGCACUAUUCCUUCUCAGCCUGAUCAUCGUGAAGGUGAAUCUGCAGCGCAAGAAGAAACGCUUUACAUUGCAGGACAAACAGGCCGACAGAUCUCUUGGCGGCGCCCACAAGUCACAUGACCAUGUUGUGGAGAACCCGGCUGCACACGAAGGCAGCUACAGGGUGCGUCCUGAAUCGCUGCAGAUUACCAGCAAGAGCACGGAAAGCCUGAACAACACCUCAGCCACCACUAACACUGCCAGUGACACAGAUCAGCCACCGAUGCACCACCAAUCUCUCAGCUACGGCGCUGGCAACUUCCCGGAGAAGGCCAAUAGUGUGGAUCAUCUGGCGGGAACGCCCAUCGCACUGCGUGAGGUGACCAAGUCGAAGGGACGCUCCCGCUCCGUGAUAUACAGUGCUACGAUGGGGGAGCUGGACAUGGAGCUCGCCACGCCAAUGGACUCCGACAGCAGGAGCACAGGCGGAUGGAACAGACAGGGCAGUACCAAGACAGUUGAGACGCAGCUGGGCAGCCUUGCCACGACGCCAUCGUCCGGUUCCACAAGCCGGAGCGGGUCGGCGUACUUUCCUUCACAUGAGCCGAAUGAUGCAGCUGCAGCUGGCGUUCGCUUAGCUAAAGCUCAGUCACAGUCGGAAUACUCACUAAGCCAAUCACGACCACAGACCCUUACCGCCGACUAUCGGAGACAAAAGCAGCAUGUACCAAAGGCAAAUGGUACACCGCAGAGCUCACCUCGAAAGCAGCAGAGCUCACCUCGAAAGCAGACCUCUCCACGCAAGUUCACCAACAUGAAUGGUGGUAGUCUGCACAUGAUGGCGCACAAGCUCGAAGCCGGCCGCUCCAUGUACGGCUCAACUCCGGGUUCUCUACCCACGUCCGGACGGAGCACUCCAAACUCACUGCCCAGCACCGAAGACCUGGGCACAAGGACCUGGUCGCCAUACCGAAAACCAAUGAUCGAGAGACAUCACUCAAUGAACAGGGGGGAUAACCCCCCGCGUGUGAGGCGCCACAUGUCAUUUAACUCCAGACAUCCAGAAAUGCAGGUAUGAUGUGUUGUACCGGCUGAGAUUCAAGUUUGACCAUAACUUGUCCAGUUCAUAGAUAAAUCCGGGGAGUAGUAUAAUACAGUAUUGUACUACUCCCCGGAUAAAUCUACACCUUCAGCAUAUACUAUAUCUGUGCAUCAUGGCACGCACGGGCCAAUGUGUGACGGCGUACGGCGCGGACGCAGAUGUCCACGUUAGAAUCACGGCUGUCUUGAAUGCAUGGCGAUUGGCAGUAUGGUAGCGGUACAUGAAUUUAUGACGAUGACAUGUACUGCUCGCAUUGCUGAACUACAUGUGGUGCGUACUCGCCACCGGAGCCGCCAUUAGCAGAACCUCGGAGUUACGAGUACUGCUAGUAUUGUAUGCGCGGCUCCCAUUGCUUUAUCAGCAUGGCACACACAACAUAACUGCUAUAGUGCACCAUGGCCGCCGUAUACCCAUGAGUUGAGUUGAUUCUUUCCAAUUGUAUACAUUGUUGAGCUGUUCUGGUCCAUACCUGGAGUCGUUGAAAUUGAUUUUCAUGCUAAUUUAAUGUUUGAAGUUGACAAAGUAAAACAGUUUUCUAUUGUGUGGGU